AAGCUUUCCAGCAUGGAACAAGGAUAUCCGUUUACUGAUGCAAGCUUAAGUAUAUUAGGCCUGUUGUUGAGUAAGAUGCAUAUAAAAAGUGUUUUCUUCUGAGAUAAAAUUGCUGAAGGGACAAAACAUGCUUUAUAUCAACAUAUUAUUGCAGCUGCUUUUACCAGCUGCUGUGGCUUCAUGGUCAGUUUCAUACUACCCUAGAAGCAUAUGUGCAUUUGAAAGAGCAUCUGUGGAUUUCAGCUGCAUGUUUGAUUGUUCGGAUUGUCGCACACUUAAAAAAACAUAUUGGUUCAAACCAGGCGCUCAUCAGAAACAAGACGGAUCACAGGUGGGAAUAUCCGUCUAUAACUCAGAAGCAGCAAAGAUUCACCAGAUGUACAAAAACAGAACAGCUUAUGCGAACCGAGACAAAAACUGCUCACUGCAGUUACACAAUGUCUCCAAAAGUGACACUGGAAUGUAUUUCUUUCGCUUUGAAACAUAUUCCUCUCGUGGAAAAUACACUGGACCGGGUGGCAUAAACCUCAAUGUAGCAGUUCUACCUUUUAGAGUAACUGUGAAAACAAAAAAGGUGAAUGAACAGAUCCAUGAAGGAGACUCUGUGACAUUGACAUGCAGCACAGAAAACUGCACCCCAACACAAGAGCCGUUUGCCUGGUUUAAAAACCAACAUCUGAUUCCAGAAGCCACUGACAGUGUGCUCCAAAUCACCUCUGUCUCUCACGAUGAUUUUGGCAACUACUCCUGCGGUCUGAAGAACAGCAGCACAACUUCAGCAGAUGAAAUAUUGCUUGACGUAAGAUAUAGUCCAAAGAAUGUCAAAAUAGCCGUUUUGCCAUCUGGAAAGAUACAAGAAGGAAACUCACUGACUCUGAUCUGCAAGAGCGAUGCUAAUCCUGCAGCGACAAACUACAGUUGGUUUAUGAUCAAAGAAGCAUACGUCUCCUAUAUAGGAUCUGAUCGUGAAUUCUCCAUCAAAUCUGCCAGUCAGAAGGAUGACGGACAGUACUUCUGCACUGCUAAAAAUGACAUGGGUUCUCAAAACUCUACAGUCGCAGCACUGAAAGUCGAAGUGCCUAGUCAUCGAAAUUUCUUUCUGACUGCAACAGCUGUGUUUUUGUUUCUAAUGGCUGUACUGUUAGUCAUGUUUGGUCUCAUUAUAAGGAGGAGGAAACAGUUUACAUCAAAGAAGCAGCCCAAAGAACAGACAUCUGCAGUCUCUGUCACAGAGGAGAUCUAUGAGAACCUGAGAAAAUCACCAGAGUCUGAGGAAAACCUUACCACAAAUGUGAUAUAUGUAGAUUUAAGGCAUCUUUCCUCAACCUCAGACAGACCACGUUGCAACAGUCAAGAGGACGGCACCAUGAUCUACAGCCUUCUUAGUUACAAAGACUGAAUGAAUCUUAGCAUUGUGAAUAAUGAGCUUUAACAAGCAGCUGUUGUAUGUAUUAGUCUCUUUUUAUUCAAAAGAAUCAAAUGUCUAUAGAAUGCAUUUAUAUUGAGUACAAAAUUACUAUAGGGUCACUCUAUACAAUGAGUAUGAAAGCAUUAAAGAAAUAAUUUAUACAAUGUACAGUGAAGAUCAAAAAUUAUUAAUAAAUCUAUAUAUACA